GUUUUAUUUCAAUGCGUUCUUACACUUAGAAAAUCGAUUUUCAGUUAAUUAGUGUUUCGUCUAAGGACUGUUCGAAAGUAUAAUUUUUAGACUAAAUUGUGUAAUAAAACUUACAAUACAAAGGAAUCACUUAUUUCAAUUCGUUUCGUUUAGAAAGUUUCUUUAGCAAUGGUGAUCAAAAGAGAAGUGGCCUAUGGCAUUGUUCAUGGUUUAAGUGACUUCUGGAAAUGUGAAGAACUGCAAGAUUUUACUGUCACGCUUGGUGAUAAACAUUUUGGAUGUCAUGGUUUACUUUUGGCAGCUUGCUCUGGUUUUUUUAGAGGACUUUUUAGAUCCGGGAUGAAAGAAACUAAAUCAAGGUGUGUUACUGUAGAAGACAUCUCAAGUGAAACUUUUGAGUUGAUCCUGGAGACUCUGUACACUGGUCAUGGUGUUUUGACAAAUGACAAUGUCAUUGACAUCUGGCAAGCAGCUCAUCAACUACAAAUAACGUUUCUAAUAAAAGAAUGUGAAUAUUAUAUCAUAGAAACUUUGUCCAUAAAAAACUUCACUAAAUAUAUUCAUAUUGCUAGUCUUUUGAACUCAGAGCCAGUGACUAAAAUGGUGUGGGAUUUUAUUCUGAAGAAUUCAAGUUUAUUCUUUAGGAAAAAAAGUUUCCUAAAGCUAUCAAUGCCUGAAGUUUUAAAACUGAUUACAUGUCAGGAUUUGGUGGUAGAAUCAGAAGAUGAUGUCAUUUAUGCUAUUUUAAGAUGGGUGGAGUGUAAGUUUCACGAUCAAAUUGAGAGUCUGAAAGAAGAGGAUUCUGACAAAACCAGAACAAGUGUACAUGUCCCGAGUACCAACAUUGAUGUAGAAAAACAUGACACAUCUGACAAAUGCUUUACGAGUACAGAAAACGAAAGUAAAAGUGGUUUUAAUGAGAUCUUGUCAUGUGUGGAAAACCAUAGCAAAAGCCUUAUUAAGAAUCAGGAAAGGGUACAUUCCUUUUCUAAACCUGGCACCAGAGAGCACAAAUUAUGCUAUUUAUUAUCCAAAGCAAGACUUUGUCUAACAAGUCACCAAUGUUUAGAAACGUUAAUGUCUCAUUCAUUGGUUCGGCCUCACGAGAAAACAAGAGAUAUGAUUGUAAGAGCAUUAUUUUAUCAGCUUCAUGAAGGCAAACGAAAUGGACAAUGGCCGUCAGGGGCAAUCUAUAGAAAUAAUGCUACCUUUGCCAAUUCUGCAUUGGCCUUUAUAAAAGACGAAAAGAACAUUUACAUUAGGACAUUUAUUAUUUCUAGAAACAUUUGGUUAAAUAUUCCAAACUUAGUAUGCGGAGCAUCUUCAAGUUCCAUUCAUUUUGUUGUACUGGAAAAAAACUUAUAUGCAUUGGGAUAUUUAAUUAGUUACUUUAACACUCAGUCUCGGCCAUCCAAUUCACAAGACAGAACUCCAAUAUCAAUUCUGCAAUUUACUGGCGGGUCCUGGACUGACAAGUCUUGUUUUUUCACUCUGCCCUCAAGUGAGUUUUCUGCAGCUGUGAACGAUUCAUUUAUUUAUAUCUUUUCGCCAAAAGGCAAAGAAGUUUGGAAGUUAGACCCAAGAACAGGACUUCAUGACCGAAUGAGUGAUUUACCAGAUGAAUGCAGUAUUUGGUACUUGAUGAGCCAUGAACAUUUGAUUCUUCUAUUUUACUCUUGCUUAGCAGACGAUUUGGAAAAAACUGCGAUUGAAUGCUUUGAUACAAAAGAAAAUACUUGGAAACGUCUAAACAAUCUUGACGGGUCAGUCACUGACAUAGUGAGUUUCAAAGAUGACCACUCUACGUAUCUUUUGCAGUCCAGUGGCGAUCUGUGGAAGUUAAUCCAGCCCCAAUCUAACAUUGUGAAUUUCGAACAUGUGGUCAAACUCUGGAAUUGUAACUGGCCCCUUCAUGGAGCGGUCACAUUCAUGGACGACCUCUACAUCUAUGGUGUUAAGAGUGAUAAUUUCCUCAACGAUACAAAACGAAUUAAAUCAGUCAAUGGUUUCUUUCAAAAUAUUAUUUACAAACGUAGUCAGUCUACGCAGAAGUCUUCAUUUAUUCCAUAUAUAGCCAAUCUUUCCGAAAUCAAAGGAACGAAAUAAAAACGUCUUUGUUCUAUGAGUUUCAGUUUAAACUGAGCAGAAAUUUGCAACUAGCAAUAGAAAAAAAAAUUAAAAACAAAGAUUAUCUAAAGGAAAGAACCGCUAAUUACUGCAAUUUAUCUCCUUUCUGCUAUAUAAAGCAAAAUAAAUUAAUUAGUACUAAUUGUAUUGUCAGUGACUUCGAAUUAUUCUGCAAAAUUUCAACUUAAUUCAAGAAUGGUAAGUGGGAGAAAAAAACGUGCCGGCACUACAUAAGAUGUGUUACGCUUGUUAUCUGAAUGUCUUGGGUUCCAUCUCAAUAUACCGGUAGCCCUCUUUUUAUCUUUUUUUUUUUACGACAAUUUAUAUAUGAAUGUUUACUUUACUAUAUUGGUUAAAUACAAAAUAGGAAUUUUUUUUUUUUACUUUUAUAUGACUUGGUUGUUUACGUUUUUAAAAUAAAUCUAUGAUCUUAUUGGAUGAUUUCUUUUUACGACAAAUUAAAUAGGAAUGUUUACUUCAUAAUAUUAUUUCAACACAAAGUAGGAAUUUUUUUUUAAUUUUUAUAUGAUUUGGUUAUUUACGAUUUUAAAAUAAAUCUUUGAACUUA